GUUUUUCCCCACUACAUCAGCUUCUGCAUCUCCAUCUCCCGUUAUUGCUUCGUGCAUGAGCGAUGACGCAGAUUGUACUUCGCAACAGCUGUGAAGAGUGCAUCAUGGAAACACAAACUAAGUACUUACACAGCGGACAAUUAGGAGAGAGCGCUGUCUGACGAAGACGAGUUGUGAAGUUCUAACUUUUCUUCGUAGAGCUCCAGCAUCGUCGAUUGUCUGGUUUCGUGCUAGUACUCGCAGGGCAGUGAUAAUGAAUCAGUGCCCGUACCAGGCUCAGACCCUACAUGAUGUUACGCAAGCCGUAUUUUACAGUUAUCAGAAUCAGUAUGAAGACGCUCGAAACAGUUUCUGCUGGAUUGACUCCUACUUAUUUAUCAUGAAACACUACCAGUAGAAGUCCCGCCUGCACAUCCUAGAAUUCACGAGCUGUUCCGAAAAAGAACAAAAAGCAAGAUGGCGGUAGAGGAUGUUUCAGCCCAGCCGAGCCAUUUGGAGCAUGGCGAAAGGGCGGGCCAGCCAGGUCAGCCUACCAGGAGAAGUUCGGGUCGCAGUCAUGAUCAUGGUUCAGCUGCGUUAGGAGCAGUGCUAGCAAAGCAGGAUCACCACGCAUCAACGACCCCAGUCGGUGGAACUACAGGUGGCGAGCCGACGCAGCUUCAAGAAGAGAUUGCAGCCGCAGGAGGAGCGAGCAGUGACCAGCUUCUAGAUGACGCAAGUACAACCGCAGCAAAUAAGUCGCAGGAACUUUUUUCCAGCCAGCAUCAGCGGGGUGUGUACCUGAUGGGCCAGCUGCUGAGCGUCGGGAUCGCGCUGACGACCGGAAUGGUGGUGGUUGUGGUGUAGUAGAGCUGCGAAGGUUGAUGAAUCCGCCUGUGGUGCCAUCGUGUAACAAAACCAAGAAGAGAGUCUCCUCGCUGCAGCUUUCACAACUCCUCGUUCCUCGUACCGGCACCGAACUAGUAUGAAGUAACACGUAAAUCGAGAAGGGUCAAGAAUCUUUAUUCUUUCAGCAGGCCAAUGAAGCGCUGACGCUGAGACAGACGUACGAAUAGAUAAAGAAGAACUCAGGUCAUUUCACUGUAGAACAUUCCUUGCUCAGUUUCACCAUCGCUGAUAACAAACAACUUUUGACAGAGUACAGUAGGACAGAACUGUUGAUAUACGCAAAUUGCUUUGCAUUCACAGAGAAACUUAUCACGUGUGUUGACUCGUUCGUUCCGUUCGCUUUGUUUCGAAAUUUCAUCGCAGCCUGCAGAGCUUGUCUUGUGCUUCUGACCUUGUAGCAGCCGGUGGCUCGAGGAAAAAUGCGACAUAAAGAUGUUCAACAAUUUCUGUGUCGCUCCGC